UUCUAAAACUUCGGCAAACAACGGAAAAUAUGAAAAUGUAACAAUCUCUAGCGCUAUACUAGCCCUUAAUGCAGGCCUUAGUACGCCAGUACGCAGCUUUCCGUAGAUGGAGGCGGUCGCUCGCACGCCAUUCGUCUGUACAUUACGCGAUUUAAAAAAAAACUAAUAUUUGUGAUGAUAAAAGACCUGCAAUUUGGAGUGUUCGAAAUUUAAAAUUGCAACUAUAACUUUCGUUGUUUCGCGCGUGUUCGAAACUUUUUAAAUUGGGUGUUUUAGUGCAGUGUUUGUGAAGUUUUUUGAGUGUUUUUUUAAUGUGUUAUGGAUUGCGAUGGUGCGAUAACAAAUUAACAAGAUAAACAUGCGCAACGCAUCGUGUUGACGAAUAAUUCAGCUUCUUUUAUAAAACAAAUGAAUCCGGUCUACACCACCGCCCAGGAAUGCCGUACGAGGCGAUGAGCGGCGUAGCAAAAUGGCUCAUGAACAUUGGAAGGCAUGGAUGAAAAUCGCCUGCACCGUAGUACUCCUCGCUACAAGUCUGGCAGACUUUACCACAGAAUGCCAGAGACCCUGCGACUGUCGGUGGCAAUCUGGCAACAAAGCUGCCAUAUGCUCAAACUCCAGCCUAAAAUCUGUUCCUGCCAACCUGAGCAACGACAUACAAAUCUUAGACCUAUCCAACAACAAUUUACUCACCUUACAUCAAGAAGCUUUCAAAAAAGUCGGCCUAAGUAACCUUAAAAAACUUUUCUUAAAAGAAUGCAGCAUAGAACUUGUACAUAAAACAGCAUUCGCUACGCUAGCCAUAAUGAUAGAACUCGAUUUGUCCAGGAAUCGAAUACGUAAUCUGCACCCGGACACCUUCAAAGGCACGGAGAAACUUCGACUAAUAAAUCUGAGCAAUAAUUUGAUCGACAAACUUGAGGACGGCGUAUUCCGCAACUUGAAGUACCUGCAGAAAGUCGAAGUCAGCAAUAAUAUGAUCGUUCGUAUCGGAACUAAAGCCUUCGUCAACUUGCCCCAACUAAAGAUAUUACGAUUCGACGGCAACCGUCUCAGUCAUAUGAAGCCAGAAACUUUAAUGGCCCUUCACAAUUUAUCCGGGUUGGAUCUGCAUAACAACCCGUGGCGAUGCGAUUGCAAUCUCCAAACGUUCAGAGACUGGGUGAUGACUCAUAAUUUAUACACUCCCCCUACCGCCUGUGCAGAGCCCGCUUUGGUCAAAGACAAACUUUGGAACGAAUUAGACUCAUCUAAUUUCGCGUGCCGGCCUACCAUUCUGGAGCCCGCUCCAGACACAAGACUUAAGAGUUACGACGAAAACGUGACCUUAAUAUGCAAAGUCGUCGGAAACCCGACUCCUGAAGUUGUGUGGCGUUACAAUGGCAGGGUUAUCGAGACAAGAUCUUUCGGGGAAAUCAGAUAUGUGAUGACUGAAAACACUAUGGACCUGAUAAGAUGGGUGAAUUUGACCAUUGUUAACGUCCGAUACAGCGACAGAGGAAACUAUACGUGUGUCGCCGAGAAUCCAGGCGGUCGAGAUGAAAAUACGCUAACGCUAGUUUUAUCUAAAUAUGGAAGUCCUGGCACUAUUCUAGGAUUAGAUACUGACACUUUUGCUAUAUUAAUAGGCUGUUUAACCGCUCUGAUUUUAAUCUGUGCGGCAGUUCUUGGAGUAUGUUACUUCACGACACAGAAUAAUGAUUCGAAAAGACUGAUCAAGACGGAUACGUCAUCAAACGGGGAUAUUCUGAUUGAGAACUCCGUCGCGUCUGAAUUAGAGAAGGGGUUUAAAGUGGAGGUGAACCCGGUGACUAAGCCUCCGAGAAAAUACGAAGCUCCUGCGUCGCUAACGAGCGAAGCCACCGAGAUGUCCGAGCUGAACAGAACACUGCUAGACAACGAGUCAAUGUUAGCAUCCACCGAAGACAACAGCAGACAUCACGAUGUAGAUCUUCCGAAGAUAUCUCAAGAGACACUCCUUCUAGAUCGACUCACGCAGGAACACCAAUAUCCUCCCGACCUGCUGUCCUUCCCUCCAAGGGGAGGAACUCAAGUAUCGCCAGCCAGCGGUUCCAGUAUAGACCGCAAAAACCUGACAGACAGCCCCAUAAAGUCUCCGGGAUACGGUGUCACUGCCAUACCACCAGGCUACAAAUUCCAACUGCCAACUACUUCCCAAGCACCAAUAAAUGCCAAGGGUGGUUAUGUCACUCUUCCAAGAAGACCUAGAGGAAACUGGUUUCCUGAAAGCACUCAUCCUCAGGUCUUCUCGACGCUUAAUGGCGUCCUACCUUAUUACGAGCACUUUAACAUGAAGCUGUUCACUAACGGUGCAAAUUAUUAUAGCCUGAAUAAAAGCGAGAUGGAUUUAGGUCCUAUGAAUAAGCUGAGAACAGGUUUCCAUGACGGUUCUGAAGAUAUUGAGCCUGCACCUUCACCAGCGCCGGGGACGCCUCAUGCGACAAUACCCAGAAGCAGUUUGAGCUCUCCGAAUAUACACAACCAGUUGCUAGCUCUCCAGGCCAUGAGUUACAAUGCUCUUCAAGGAAGAAUAACGAAGGCUUCAGAACAGAGGCCGUUGAAAGUAUCGCUAGCAGAGAACGAAAGUCUUCUGAAAACCCCAGUGCGAGAUUUGAGGGUAGGUUUGAGUGCAAAUAGUUUAAACAGGACACGAACGGCUCCCAAACCUCCCCCAAAACCGAGAAAAAGGGGGUCCAGUGAGUUAAAGGAACCGUUUCUUUUCAAUACUGGCGAUACCGCCACGCAAGUGUAAAGUGAUAUAUAAAUAUACCUAUGUAAUCUGUAGAUUUAAGAUACAUUUUUGUCACCUAUAAAAUAGGGAUGUUAAAAUAUAGCUAGCAGCAUUUGCUCUUUUGAAUGC